ACAAUGCGCAUGCGCGCGAAUUCCAUCAUUCUUAAAUAUUAGGCGCGUAUUUAUAACAGUGGAACGUAACAAGUCGCGAUCGCGAAUAUUACUAUGCACGGCCUACUCGGAAAAAAUUGACUCAAGUGGUUAGUUUUGUAGAAUCAUGGGUGGCGUGGUGAUUGGUGUUUUUGUUGUUUUUAUGGCCUUUAUCACUGCCUCCUCCCCCACCUCCGACCUGCGCGAGCGAAUCAGAAGCGGCGACUUCCGAAAGGCGUGUUCAACAACUGUCAACUUAGUCCAGCCCCCAAACCGGGUCAACACCACCCUAAAACUUGCAAAUUUGCGAAAUUUGAUGCGAAACACCAGCUUUACACGCGACCAACGCCUACUAGACGCCUAUAUUGUGCCAUCACAGGACGAACAUCAAAACGAAUUUGUGGAAGACCACGACAAACGCCUCCAGUUCAUUUCGGGUUUUUCGGGUAGUUAUGGUUACGCGGUUAUAACCGAAACGAAGGCGGUGCUAUGGACCGAUGGGCGGUACCAUUUACAAGCCGAUAACGAGACUGAUUGUAAUUGGAAGUUGAUGCGUCAACACAUUUACUACGUUCCGAAUAUCAGCCAAUGGUUACGCGAGACGCGCCCACAGGGCGGGGUCAUGGGGGCCGACCCGCAACUUUUCAGCCAAUCGAAAUGGGAGGAGCUUUCCGUUGCGCUUAGAAAUGUCAAGUGGGAGUUGAUUGAAAUACAGACUGAUUUGAUUGACGUGAUUUGGACCAAUCGGCCGGCACGACGCAAUAAAAACGCCUUUGUUUUGGAGGAGAAAUAUUCAGGUCGGAAAUGGACCAAGAAAAUUCACAACGUGCGUAAAACCGUCCAGAAACUACAAGCCGACGCUUUGGUUGUGACGUCACUGGAUGAAAUUGGUUGGUUGUUGAACAUAAGGGGGCGUGACAUUCCGUCCAGCCCACUUGUGCGUAGUUAUUUGUUAUUGGAUAUGGAGAGGGCGUGGCUUUAUGUCAAUCGGAGCCAAUUGGAGGCCAAUCACGUCGCUCGGUACUUGACGAAUUCGGCGAAAGAAGCCAAUCAACUGAUCGAAUUCUUUGAUUACGAGGAGAUUUGUACGGGAUUGGCUUCACGUGCGCAACUUUAUACCCGAAUUCUCCUCCCACCUGAGUCAACAAGUAGGCGGAUCGCUCAGUGUGUCCCGCCCCGGAAACGCCUCUUUGUCCAAUCGCCAAUCAUUUUGUUCAAAGCGCGCAAGAACCCAAUCGAAAUCAAAGGAAUGCACCACGCCCAUGUGCGAGACGCCGCCUCCAUGUGCGAGUUUUUCGCCUACUUGGACAAAAUGGUUAGGGAAGGUUUGACGUUUACAGAGUUGGAUAUUGUCAAAGUGAUCGAUGAGUUCCGGUUUGAACAAUUGAACAGUCUUGGGAAUAGUUUCCCAACCAUAGCCGCCUACGGGGCCAAUGGUGCCAUGCCCCAUUAUGUCCCAUUGGUUAGUACCAACGUCAUGGUGGGGAACGACAGUACCUUGGUACUUGACUCGGGUGGGCAGUACCUUGAUGGUACCACCGAUGUCACCCGUACCAUACACUUUGGCACGCCCACUAAAGAGCAAAAAGAGGCGUACACGAGGGUUCUGAUUGGCCAGAUUCAACUGUCAAUGUUGACUUUUCCCGCCUUUUUGAAAACGUCAGCCAUUGACGUGAUGGCGAGGGCGCCACUGUGGGAAAUAGGGCUGGACUAUGACCAUGGGACGGGACAUGGGGUUGGUUCAUUCCUCAAUGUCCAUGAAGCACCAAUUUCGCUUUAUUUCAAUAACCCGUCGUCAAUAUUCCCCGAAAAUGACAUUCUCAAACCUGGGUACUUUCUCUCCAAUGAACCUGGGUAUUACAAAGAAAAUGAUUUUGGCAUUCGAUUGGAAAACGUGAUGGAAGUGAUUGAGAAGAAAUGGUUACGGACCAUACAUGGUACCAACUAUCUCGGGUUCAGAACUGUCACUUUGGUACCAUACGAACCCAAACUUAUCGAUUUGAGUCUACUUUCAAAGCAUCAGAUCCAAUGGUUGAACCAAUACAAUGACAGGAUACGUAUACACGUGGGGGCGGAGCUUAAAAGACAGAAUUUUACCAAAGGGCUUUUCUGGAUGAUGGACCAAACGAGGCAUUUUCCAGAAAAUGGCGGCAAGAACCAUGGAAUUGACCUAACCAUGGUGGCACUAGCCGCCAUUUUAAUAUAUUGUCUGUGACAAUAAUAAAAUGGACGCCCGUUUUCGCACAUAAUUUUUUGUAUUUUAAAUGUUUUAUUAAUUUAUAAAAUCACGUUUACUAAGCACAAUAAAAGUCAGUUAUUUGUA